CAAUCACAAACAAGGGCAACGUCCAUGGUCACUUCCUAUCAAAUCGCUAGCAGUAUUAGGAUUAACGCUACGAGCAGCCGCCGGCUGCACUCCUGACAUCAAUUACAACCUGCGUCUGCAUUUUGUUCAACAGGAGCGAUUUGAUUCAUUGAUUAAAAGCUACAAGAUGCAUUUCUUUCUGGUAACCGUCCUUUCGUUCGGCAUUGUUCUUGGGAACUAUGUCAUGCUGCGACCUGCAAAUAACGAACUGGAAGAAGAGCGGGGAUAUGAGCCUGAUAAAACUCCAAAUAGACCCAAUCAGCAGCAGAUAGCAUUUACUGCUGUCCGGUCAAACGACACGCAACCCUGCUACAACCACACAACGCCUUUAGCCUUCCAGCAGACCGUAACACUUCUGCCAGGUACCAGCUUUGACCUCAAGAAUGGUACGUUUACCUGUACUGUGCCAGGCACCUACGCGUUCUCGUUCUCGGUUAACAAAAAUGGUCCCGGUCCCGCCAUCGUCCUUUUCGUUCAUCUCAAGAAAAACAAAGAAAUUAUCGUCUCUGCUUGCAGUCGUUUUCCAAGUCAUUACGAACAGCUGUCUGGGAGUGCAGUGCUUGUACUUGAGCGAGCAGACGAAGUGUAUUUGACUGUAUAUGGUAGUGUAGCUGGUGGUGGCGAUUAUCAUUUCAUCUCAUUUACCGGUUUCUUGCUUUACGCCAGUUAAAGGGUCCAUGCGACUAGUGCUCCUGUUCUAAGUAUGAGACAAUUUGUCGGCCCUUUUGGUUUAAGUUUCAUAAAAAGAGCUCUUUAAAUAAUUCAAUAAUGAUUAUGGGCGUUUUUGCUGUGCUGACAGUCUGGUUAGAAAUUUAUUGGGUUCGUUCAUUUAGCUUCCCAGGGGGGGCUAAACCGGGGUCAGCGAGUGGAAGCAAAUUAAACGCACUCAUUCAUUCAGUACUUGAUUUUUUUAAUUUGUUGUUUGUUUUUGCAAAAUUGUGAAAGCAACAUUUUCCUGUUGAAAUUCCUUUCGCUUAUUGACAUGAACUCAGAUUACCAUGGAUCAUCAAAGAAAAGAAAUUUCGCACCGGAGUAUAUGAUAAAGUCAACUGCGUUGUUGUGCACAAAUUAAUACAAAUAUAAACUAAGUUUUUCGUGCCCGAAUGACACAUGUUUUUGCUCUUAAUAAUUUGAAAAUAUAUGUGCAUUUUAAAUUACUGUAUAAAAAGGAGUUGCGUUGCAUGGAUCCUUAAAGCUUAAAUAAUAUGAAAUGGUAGUAGACGUGCUGCAUAGCUGAAUAAGAAAGUAACUGCCUGUUUAAUUUUCAGUGUAUGCCUUUCUUUCUCCAAGUAGAUAACUCUGAUUCUUUUACGACUACGAAGCGGGGAUGUUGUAACCUGCUAUAUCAAAAUUAUAUGUAUUUUUAUUACAUCUAGUAGUUAAGACACUGAGAAUUGUGUAGACUUUACUGGAUGUACUGGAUUAGGAAAUUCACUUUAAAAUUUAAGUUUGAACGGGUCCAAUUCGGGCGAUUCACAAUAGUGCGCCUUCAAGAGUUUACAAUGCGCAAAAUCUGUCAACCCUUUCUAAAUGCGCAUUAGGUCUACAGAUUUCACUAUUGUGAAACAGCCGUAUUCUCUUUCACCACUGGUGUUACAUUUGUGUUCCUCUACUUAAAAUGGUGAAUUUCGACAGUGUAAUCUUGUUUACUCGUAAUAUUUACUGUAUGUUCAGACUGCUUCAAGAGCUGCCCGCACCGCGCAAGAUUUGGCUCCUGCGAACGAUGCGGUAUGUUAAUGAAAAACUUACUAUUUAAUGGUGGUAGGCCAACGAUCGUCAAAAUACAAAGCAAAAUUUAUGUUCUUUCGAAAUGUGCAGCAUUCUGGCCUGAUAUAUUUUACAGAUUAGCCGAUGAUGUUAUUUACCUUCUUUUAUGUAAGAUUUUUGGAAGAUUAUUUAGGAUUCCAUUUUUGUGAUUAUUCUAAUGGUAUAUGUUGAAAGAAUAAAAAUCCUUUUAACAGGGCCACUGAAA